AUGGCUAAGCACUCCCGCCGCCGCUCAUCGUCUCUGCCCCGCGCCGACCUGGCGCGGCUCAUGGACCCAUCCUACCUCCCGAACUCGUACUCAUCUACGAGCUCUUCGCCGGACAGCGUGCACGCCUACAUCGACGAUGACGGCGAGAUGCACGAUCCUGACUACCGCGACUUCCCCAUCCUGGCCGCACCAGCCACGCGGCGACCAGCGUGGGAGAGUGGGUUCGACCGCGACGAGGACGACGCUGCGCUGCUUGCGCAGAGCAAGUCGCGGCCAAUGAGCGCGCGCGAGCGUCGCCGUGCGCGGUACGACGCCGAGUACGCGCACUACAAGCCAACCACCUACACUUCGCACGCCACCGCACCCGAACCGCGGAAGCGCAAGCUGCGCACUUUGAGUCCUCGGCGCUCGACAUUCGUAACUGAGCCUGAGCCCGAGCCUGAGCUCGCUCCGGAGUACGAGGAACACCCCUGGGCGUUUGCGCUUGAUUCGCCGUCGCCAAUCACCCCCUCCGACGAAGACCCAUACGUUCCGUCGCAGAGCCAUACCGAGUGGACUCCUACGUGCGGCCAGCAAUUGCGUCGCAAGUGGCAAUCCGUAUCGCUUAGCCUUCGCUUCGCGGUGUUCCGAACACAACGCCGCAUAAAGCGCAAGCUUGGUACCUGA